CUAAAAUGUUUAAAGCAAUUUAUGAAGAUCCUAAUAAUCAUCUUACAUGGCCAAAAGUUUUAAUUGUGGAUAAAGGUACUGAAUAUCUAGGUGAGUGUAGAGAUUUAUUACUUAGUCAUGGCGUAAAAAUUAUACAAGCUAAAUCUAAACGUAGUACAUCAAUAGCUGAACAAUGGAUUUUGAAGACUCAAACUAUACAAGAAAGCAAUAUGGUAACUAGAUGCUUUACUUUACUUUGCAUUUUGGGUGCUUUGCACCCUCAUACAGUUAGCAAUAAUGGAUUUCGGAGACUUACUAGACAAGAAAGCUAA